GUCCGUGUGCGUAUACGUGUGAAUUACAAUGUUAAAAUAUUAAUACGUACGUUACAUUAACGCCGAGUUAUUUGAAUAGUCGGCGCAGAUGGAGGAGUUCAUACAGGAUUAUCACAUCACUGCAUGUUUCGGGAUUUUAAAGUGGUUCUCGCUGCUCGCCAGCUCGAUAGGACCGAAGAACACCUGGUCCCCGAAUGGAACAAUCCCCGUGAAUGCGAUUUCGUUCGCCCUGGAACGCUGUGUAGAACACAUGAGCAUUCAAAUACACGAGGACAUAGACCGCAAAGAUCACGACACGCCUCUUUCUGCCUGGCAUCAAUUUUUAGUCUGGUACCACGAUGUAAUAUACAAGCGUGCUUUAUUGAAAGAAACCGACAAAGUUGAUAUAAAUGAGCUUGUAGCGUCUGCGAGCAAUGUAGUGAAAGCAAUGAUAAAGUACCGACCGCAAAACAAGAUCGACGGUAUACGAAAUAUAUGGAUUUUAAAGCCAGGCGACGAUAGCUUAGGACGCGGAAUUGUUCUGAAAAGUUCUUUGGUCGACAUCAUCGCCAAGGUGAGCCAAGCGGCGAAAGAAAACAUCGAGUAUGUCGUGCAGAAAUACAUAGAGCGACCACUGCUUGUUCACAAGACAAAAGUAGAUAUCAGGCAGUGGUUUCUGAUAACCAAUACACAACCUCUCGUCGUGUGGAUGUACAAGGAUAUUUUAAUACGAUUUGCUUCGAAAGAUUUCACCCUCGGUGAUUUUCACGAGUCCAUUCACUUGUGCAACACGACGGUACAGCUCAAGUAUCGAAAGUUGCCGAGAUGUAAUUCCGACUUACCCGAGCAACGUCACUGGAAUCUCCAAGACUUCAGGGAUUAUCUUCAGUACUUGUCAUAUUUUCUGUUGCAAGAAAUUACAAGCUAUGCGUUCAAUCAAUUUAACCGAUUUAGAUCGCGCGGUGAAGAAUUGGCUUGGGAAAAGAUUAUCAGGCCGGGAAUAAAGCAAAAUCUGAUAGGAGCUCUUCUGGCGUCGCAGGAUAAUAUGGUAAAUCGUAAGAACAGCUUUCAAUUGUACGGUGCUGAUUUCGUGGUGGCCGAUGACUUUUCGGUGUGGCUAUUGGAAAUUAAUACAAAUCCACGAUUGCAUCCGCCGAGCAGCGAAGUCACCGCGAAGCUCUAUCCGGAAGUCAUUGAAGAUGCAAUGAAAGUGGUCCUAGAUCGGCGUAAAAAUAAAAAGGUAUCGUACGGAAAGUUCGAAUGUAUCUACAAGCAACGCAACCCGUUUUGCGGCGUCAAUAUUUUGGGACAAGGCACGAGUCUCGGCAUUCGUGGCAAGGGCUUAUUCGUUACGUCGAAAUCCUAACAACUGUAAAGUAACAUUAAGUAAUAUCGCCGAAAUUCAUCUGUCGGCAAAGUCUAUUUUGCAAGUAAUAGAAUUGUUUCAAUCUCCGUCAUAAUCCGCCCGGUAACGCGAGCAAUUUCGUAUUAGCAUAUAAACAAGGUGUCACAAAUCGCCAUGUGCAUCUAUAAAGAAGCACGUUCGUGCCUCUCCCUUCUUAACGCUAGAUCUUGCAUUCGCGAUGUAGGAAAAUAAUCGUAGGGCAGUAAUUUAUUAAAAACGUGUUUAUGAUACAAGUAACAAUGUUGUAGGUAUACAAUCCUAUAUAGACAAAAUGUUUAUCUUCUUACGGGUCAAUGCGUUACACAUUGUUACACGGUUAACGUAGAUAGGAUUAUGUCACGUUCUAUGUCCACAUUCAUUACUCAUGUACAAAAUCUCUCAGUUUUAUAAUUUUUAAGAGCGUUGUGUAAUUUAAUUUUGUUCCAAACAUAUUCCAUUUUACCGUUUAAUAGAAUAAAUAUAUACUGCAUCAGAUCAAAACGAUGAUAGGUAUUCAGACAGUAAAAUCUUGUAAUGUAAUUGUAAAAUAGAUAUCUAGUUUCUUUUACAGUACUUUCAAGAAAAUCAUUGUUAUAACAUACGUUUAUUAUUUUCUAAAGUUGUCCACAAAAAGAAACUAUUAGGAAAAGAAAAAUAAUGUGAUCGUAUCUUCCAUAAUAACUUCACUCGACCAAUUUAAAAGUACAAACAAUUAAUUUGCCAUUAUUGCAACAUGAUCUAAUGUGAUAUAUGUGAUUUAUUCGCUGAAAUAAAAUAGAUUUUUACCGAGACGGCAAUACCUACGAUGUACAAAUAGCGUGUAUAUAAAUCAUGGAAUACAUCUGCACAUGGGCUAGAGAUAUGCUUAUAUCAGAAAGAACGAAUCAAACGUAUGGAAAAGUAUGAUGUAUAAAAUUCAAAAUUGUUUGAUAAAUUAAAAGUACUUACAUGACCGUCGCGAUAUAAUUUUGUACAUAAAAAAAAAUUUAUAUUCGCUCAUACAGAUGUUAGCAUAAUCUCACGUAACAUGAAAUCCCAUCCUGUAUCGGCGUUGAAAUCUGACAAGACGAGAACUGAUUAUUUGAUUCUGAUGUAUAAUCACAAUCAAAUAAAAUUCAAUCUUGUUUGACUUCAACGAUCGCUUUGAAUACAUUAGGGUGAGCUUUGUAUCUUAUGUUACUGAACUUAUCUAUGUACCUGUAUAGAUAUAGCUAUAUACCUGCACAGCUACAGUCUAUAACUGUUCUCGUGAAUCAAGUACGAAAGCUGACAAGAUUUCGUGUACAUAUCACAUGUAAAUCUGAAUGAAACAAUACAAAUACUA